UUUCCCUUUGUUUUGUGUAGCGUUUUAAAGAUGGCGUCGACCUGCGAACUUGAUCGAGAAAACAGUAAACAUAUUAACAGCAUAGUGUCUGUUCUUGUAUAUCAGAGUCGUGCAUCAAAGUUUCUGUUAACUCGUUGUCCAAAUACGACAUCGUGGACAUUUCCAUACGAAGGAAUUGAUCAAUAUUGUCAAGAAUUCAAGACCACUGGAAAACGUGUACUGGAGUCUCUAGCAGUUGGAGGUAGACUUGAGGCUGUGGUACAAAUUCGUCAUGUAUUGUUUCCGAAACAACAUCCAUCAAAACUCAAGUUUAGCUUUCUUGCAAAAGUUGAAUAUAUUGUGGAAGACAGCACUGCCUCUAUUCCUCCAGCUGUCACCUGGGCAACCCGAGAUGACAUGAGAAAAAUGCUGACAGAAGGGUCUAUCUCACCAGAGGUUUUUGACCUUACCCGCAGAGUUGUUGAUGGGCAAGUCUACCCAUUAAGCCUGCUGGAUGAGAUGAUGCUGGAUGUGAUUAACAUUAACGGAGGAGAUUUACCAAGUACAGGUGAUAAAGUGUUGCUGCAAGCUGCAAAGAUAACAGAAACAGAACAACUUCAGCUUCUAAAGAAAUUUCUUGACUUCUGUUACCCUGGUAUAAUGAUGGGUUUAACAGUGUUCACUAAAAUCAUGACUGAACUUGGGGUGAAAAAAGACCAGUUCAAGGACUUGUUUCGGUCAUUCAGUGUUAAGAAGCUAGGCUAUCUAACUCCGCGUGAGUUUUUGUUGGGCGUGGCAGCGAUGCAGCCAGAUACAGCUCACGGUGGCGUACCUGCUGAGAUCCGUUGUCGAUACAUUUUCCGAUUUUAUGAUGCCAACCGAGAUGGCUUCUUAGAGUACAGCGAGUUUGAGUCAAUGGUAAUGGACAUCAGAAAAUUAAAAGGCUUACCAGUAUCUCCAGAAUUAGUAGAAAAAGAAGUCGAAGAAACUGCUAAAGUAUUCUGUUCCCAAAAGAAAGACAAUUUAUCAAUGAUAGAUUUCCUAAAUGCAGUCGGACAGCUCAAGUUUCGCGGAACGUCUCUUCUUUUCCGACUUCCACAUCGCUCAAUUGCUCAUUCUAGCUCCAAUUGCAAUAACUCUGAUGAUGAUAAUGGACACAUUAAACAAAAACUGAAACGAAAGAAAAGAGAUUCAUCAAACGAGUCGUUAUCUUUCAACAGCAUCGACCAAUCAAGUGAAGAAAACUAUGAACUGAGUGACUUGGAAGCAGCUAGCAUCUUCAAGUCCCCUGAAGUACGUUCACCAUCUGCAGAUGAUGACGUUGGUGAUUAUGAAUUAGCCGUACAUUCGGUAAAGGUUCGUCGCAGUGGGAUGCUCACAGAUAUCCGCAAACUAUGGGAAAUUCCUGCAGGAGCAAGUGCUGUAUCACAAACUGCCAUGAAAGAACUUGAAACUGACAAGACAAGGUUCAACAGACUGUCAUCCAUGGACUCAUUCAAUCAGAAAUCUCAUCCAAAUGAGAUGUUAACUGGCUUGAGAUACUUUGAACGAGCUGUAAAGCAGACGAGUCAACAACAACCCAAACCACCAUUUAAUUGGGGUAACGUUGAUACUUCAUCACUUGCUAAAUGUCUCCUAGCUAUCUGCAGGGAGGCUAAGCAACUACUGGCAGAGGAGCCUAGGUUACUCAGAGUCAGUGCACCAACUUAUAUUUUAGGUGACAUUCAUGGCAACUUCCGUGACUUAAUUUGCUUUGAGAAGGCAUUGUGGAGAAUGGGACCGAUGCUGACACCGAGCUCAUUCUUGUUUCUUGGAGACUAUGUAGACAGGGGAGAGCAUGGGGUCGAGGUUGUAGCAUACCUAUUAGCUCAGAAACUAUUGGCUCCAAGUAAAUUUUUUCUAAUCCGUGGAAACCAUGAACUCAGAGCAGUACAGACAAACUUUUCAUUUCAAAGGGAAUGUUUCUCCAAGUUUGGUAAAACCAUCGGUCAACAGGUGUGGGAAGAGAUCAACCUGUGCUUUGAUGUCAUGCCCUUGGCAGCUGUUGUUGAUGACAAGAUUUUCUGUGUUCAUGGAGGCAUACCCCGUAGCAAGACUGAAGCUAGCAUUAUUUUAGAAGAUAUUAAUAGUAUUCCAGUACCCCUUAAAGAUCCAGAGACAGAGAGCCCUCUAGCCUGGGACAUUAUGUGGAGUGACCCUGUAAGAUCUGAAUCGAUGACUGACGAACUCAGUAAAGAGUUGACAGACAACAAUGGGUUUGCUUUCAACAGUAGACGUGGAACAGCCAACUUCUUUAGCUCACAUGCGUUAGAAAGCUUCCUAGAGGUCAAUAACCUCUCACAUGUUGUCAGGGCACAUGAGGUGCAACAAGUUGGAUUUAAAGUUCAGCUGAAGGGCAAGUUACUCACGGUGUUUUCAUCAUCUCAUUAUUGUGGAGGAUGCAACGAGGCUGCUUGCAUUUUAGCUGACCGCAAGAAACUGCGCACAAUUCGGCUUGACACAUCUUAACUAAACCAUAACAUGAUAGUGAUAAGUAUUUUCUUGAUGAUCAGUUAAACGAUUAACUAAUUAAACAAUUACUUGAUUAACUAAUUAAUCUGCUUGUAGAAAGCAUUUAAUAGGCAUCUUAAUUCAGCAGAUGAAUCGUGUCUUUGAAUGUUUUUGCCUCAUAACUGAACAGCUAACUCGGCAGAGCAAAUUAGUAGAUAACAUGGUGGAUAAAGUAAAUUAAAUUAUAAAUUUUGUGUCUUAUGUAGCAUUUCAUGGCAACAAAGCUUCAAAGUGCUUCGCAUUAUCAGGUAACUCGAUUGAUAGAGCCAAUUAUUAGAUAAUUUGUUUGAUAAGCAACCAAAGAAUAACCUUUUUGGUUAAGAAAAUCAGCAGAUAAUCUGGUUGAUAAGCAACAUGACAGAUAAACAAGUCAGUAAAUUAACUUAAACUAGUUUGUAAAGCAAUUUAAUAAAGUCUUGUUUCCCUAAAAUCGCUACAAUGUCGCUACAGUGUUUUCAGCGCAAUCUUUAUACUGCCUUGAAGUCUCUGAAUGCUCCCUAAUUCCACCAACCUUUCAGCAUCACAGAAAGCUGUCAGCGAUAGCGUAUAGUGAUUGUAUGGUGACCAAUUUUAAGUUAAUAGAUUGACAGAGCUACCUAACAGAUGGCUCAGUUAAGCAGAGAGUAUGCAAGGCCUGUUGGGUACAAAAAUUCAAAGUGCCUAACUAAAUCCCUAUUCCAAUGAAACAUGAUACUUUGUAUUUUUAUAACCCACUUAUUGGAACUAAUAUGCUGUCAUGGGGGGUGGGGGGAGGGGGUUGUGUCUGUACCUUCUCCCCCAGCUUAUGCCCUCAUAAAACAGCCUAAAACAGAUCUGUCUUUGGUUUGAUAACCAAUGGCCACAAUGUUAGUAACAGCUGUCCAUAUAUCUUAUAGUAUUACAUACUUGCACAGUACUAUUAAAUUGUAAAUUGUAUAAUUAUCAUCUUGUGUCUAGAUACAAUUUCCAUGAAAAGUUAAAAGUCACUUCUACAGUCUUAUUCCUAAUGCCAGAGACAGGGAAACCAGGAGUGACAAAUUAUGUGCUCAUAAAAGUGUCUUUAAAAAUUCUCUAUAUAAAACUAUUGUAAUUUGUUGGCUUUGGAAGCCUGAGUCGCCAUGUUUAUUUACUGCAUUAUGCAGCAAAGUAUUUUCAAACUGUUUUAAACUGGGUGAACUAUGCUUUUGUCGCCAUUACAACUUGACUCAACUCGUUGCUGGUGGCGCAGAUGUCAACUUUCAUCCAUGUUAGUGUAACUAUGCACAACUGCAAGCGACUGUAUACCACUAGUUGCCUGGAUAUGUUUAUGUUACUUCCGACUUUAAAUUAUCUACAACUAGAUGCCAUGCAAUGCUACUGUAAUUGGAUAAAACAUUAACAUGUAAGAUACUAGAGUUACUAGGUUACUUCAGUCACAUGACCAAUUUCAAUCACUUGUGAGUUGCUUUAGAUCUCAGCGAAACAUUGGCAACUGAUUGAAAGCGAUUUUCAGUUGCUUUUUUCAGCGCAAGAGUACUUAUGUUUGUCGCUUCAAAUCAUGUGACUCAGUUGUUCAAAGUUGCCGGCCAGUUGCCAAAGCUCGGUUGAGUUGAAGUUCCACGGGCAACUAAUCACACUUUUUAGUGUAGCAUGUUCUAUAAAAUUAUAAUGCAAAUAAUCUACUUAGGAUUGCUAUUUAAAAACAUUUUACUUUGAGUAAAAGGUAACAGUUGAGAAUGUCUCAGUGUCUAGAGGUUUUAUAGAGAACAAUAAAUAUUAUUUUAUCACCUCUAGAUGGAAGUAAUCACAAUAUAAAUAUUAUGACAGGAACAAACCAUGUUCUAAAUUGUUUUUUUAAUGAGAUAAGAGAUAUAUAUUUUUAAAUAUUAGGCAUUCGCUGUAGAUAGAAAAUUUGUACUGUAUUUGGGACUAGAUUCUUCGCCAGAUUUUAGUUUUCCUUUACAAAACAUUAAGAAGUUUCAAAAUAGUUUUAAUCAAAGUUUUGUAUUAUGGUAGUAUAGAAUGUAGUUCUACAUUUAUUGGUAUUUAUGCAUGUUUUUUCAGGGUGUUUAAGUUCGUUUUCGUAAGUCCUUAAAGACAGAGGUUAUUUUUAGAAGAAAAAAAAGAUUAAUUUUAUGUGUGCAAUUUAGAAUUUUUAGUAAGUAUGCCUGACCAAAAUAUACAGCAAUAAGUGAAGUAAAAUGUUAAUAUUAUGUAAAUAAAUGAACAGGACUAUUUC